AAGUUUUGUCUCACUCACUCAAACUUGGCCCAGAAUUAACACUAGCACUGAUCAGAUAAAAAUGUUGUUCCACCUUGCUCUUGUUGUUUUCAUUGGUUUCACUGUGGCGGAGCAAGAAAUAAUGGUUGGUGGAUGUGCUGGAACACAACAUGGUUGUUGUCCAGAUUCUACAACAGCUGCUCUAGGGCCUGACCAGCAAGGCUGUCCUCCUCCACCUGGUGGAUGUGCUGGGACAGCCUAUGGAUGUUGUUCAGAUAAUGUGACACCAGCAACAGGACCUAACCAGGCAGGUUGUCCAAUCCAACUGCUGGGUGGCUGCAGAGGAACACGAUAUGGCUGCUGUCCUGAUGGGAAAACAUCUGCAAGAGGGAAAAAUAAUAAAGGCUGCCCUAACAUUAAAGUUGGUGGAUGUGCUGGUACCAGGUAUGGUUGCUGUCCUGAUGGGAAGACAGCUGCUGGUGAAAAUGGCAAAAAUUGCUUGAUUGGUGGAUGUAAGGGUACCAGGUAUGGUUGCUGUCCUGAUGGGAAGACAGCUGCUGGUGAAAAUGGCAAAAAUUGCUUGAUUGGUGGAUGUGCUGGUACCAGGUAUGGUUGCUGUCCUGAUGGGAAGACAGCUGCUGGUGAAAAUGGCAAAAAUUGCUUGAUUGGUGGAUGUGCUGGUACCAGAUAUGGUUGCUGUCCUGAUGGGAAGACAUCUGCUGCAGGGCCAGGAAAUGCUGGAUGCUAUUAAAUCUUAAUGUUGUUUUAAGAAUAAAAGUCUAAAAUUUA